AUGGAUAGGAAGAGCAAAGGAGUUAUUAAUAAAGAAAUCAAAGAGGAGAUGAAAAGAACUGAUGAAUAGACAGUUAGAAUUAUUAUGAAAUGGAUAACUGCGAUACUCUUUAUGAAAUUCUUCUGGAUAUUUGAAAAGUUUAUAGUUAUCAUCCCAGCUGCUCCAAUAAAACUCUGGCUUGGUCUUUGGAUAAUGCUCCCAAACUAUCAUGGAGAAUUUUUCAUGUACAAUUUAUUAAGUGAUAAGUUGGAUAAAUUUGAAAGAGAGAUGAGAAAAAUGAGAAACACAAUAGUAGCCAAGUUUAUGUUCUUUAUGACUACCACUUUGCAUAAAUAAUUCCUAAAAUUAAAGCCUUAUAUUCAUACAGAUAACUUAAGAAUUAUGAGAGAGAACAUUAAAUAAAUUGAUAAUGAUUUUGAAAAAGAGUUGGAAUUAAGAAAGAAAAUUUCUUAGCAAACAAAGGAAUUCGAUUCACUAAUAAGAGAUAGCACUGUCCUUAAUAGUGAUACUCUCAGAAUGAUGAAUACUAUUAAAAGUUAAAGUACUAUUAAUAAUUCAGUAUCAUCAGCAUAUUCAAAAGGAGGAAGAGUAUAGCCAAGAUUUGAUUCAAGAAUUUCAAGUUAAAAAGAUGAGGACUUGUAAAGUAUGAAAACUCAAACUUCAAUGUAUAAGAGGCAUGGAGCCAACACAAAAUAAUCAAGUGUGGAGAAAAACAGAGACUCCUAUUUACCUUAAAAUACUUCUAGACCAAUGAAGUUAGUGAAGAAAAAGAUUCAAAAUGACUUAGAUUCAUCUCUUUAUUCUUAGUACUUGCAGGAGGAAGAUGUGUUUUUGGAUGACUAUGACAAAAAGAUGCAGACUUUAACAAUGAUGCCUAAUGUCGAAUAAUCUUUUGAAAUCUUAUAAUAGUCAAGUACUAAAAAAUCUACCAGGCCAGUUCUAAUGAGCAGAAAUAAGUAGCUGAACUAAAGUAUUUCAGUUUUAGAUUAAACUAUGGACUCCACGCCCUCAGGCGCUACCUCAAGAAAGAAAAUAAAUUGA